GAUUUUCGACACCGAGACGGACCAGCUGCAGUCAGCCAUGUUGGCGGCCAUGCGCGAACAGCAGCGCAACCCCAGCCUGGACUUUGUGCUCGACCCGACCGUCUCUGUCAUCAACACUGUCAACGUCUACAAGAUAUCGCGACUCAUCUGCGACAAGGUGUUCUCGCUGGGGGUGCACCUGAUGCUGGGCUACGUCAACCCGGACGCCUUCGACACGCUGCACUCCUACGCCAACACGUUUCAGAUGCCGUUCGUCGCUCCUUGGUUUCCACAGAAGGUGCGUCAGAUGUCCACCUCAUUGGACUAUGCCCUGAGCAUGCGGCCCGAGUACCACCAGGCAGUACUGGACAUCAUCAACCACUACCGAUGGGAUGACGUCAUCUACCUGUACGACUCCGAGGACGGUUUACAUCGGCUUCAGCAGAUGCUACAGUCCGUCACUCCUGGUAACGGGACGCUACGCGUUCGUCACGCCCACCGGAUCUUCAAAGUCGAGGACGCCAUCUCCUUCCUCAGACAGCUGGAGCUUCUCAACCGAUGGUCGGUGAAGCGGGUCGUCCUGGACUGCAGUGCUCGUCUCGCCAAAGACGUGAUCGUCGCUCACGUCAAGGACGUGCAUCUCGGCCGACGCAACUUCCACUACCUUCUCAGCGGCCUGGUGAUGGACGAGGAGUGGGACAACAGCACUCCGGAAUACGGCGCGCUCAAUGUCACCGGCCUGCGCCUGGUUGACCCGCGCCGACCUCAGGUGCAGGCCAUUCUGCAGCGCUGGAGUGGCCAGGCUGGCAUGGACCGACUCCUAUCGGCUCAGACGGCCCUAAUGUACGACUCCGUACUCGUCAUCACUGAGGCGCUGCGCCAGCUAUGGCCCGAGCUGCUGCAGCUCCACCAGCGCCGGCUGAAGCUGCCGCAGCCGCCCGGCAGCCCCAGCGCCGCCAACGUCGUCGAGGGCCGCGUGUUCAACUGCUCGCAGGGCUUCUCUGACGUCACUGGAUACGAACACGGCGGAAAGAUCAUGAAACAGCUGCGCAAGAUUGAAAUCGAAGGUAUCACUGGUAACAUCAGCUUCUCCCACGAGGGCAAGAGGAAGGACUACACUCUAGACGUGGUCGAGAUGUCAGCCAACAGCCGCCCUGUCAAGGUCGGUGUGUGGUCGGACGUAUACGGUUUCAGCUCGACUCCAGUUCAACCGAAACAGGUGCAGCAGGGCAUCAGGACGAAAAACAACACCAUCAUCAUCACAACAAUCGAGGAACCACCUUUUAUCAUGCAGUUGAAAGGAGAGGAUGCCAUUAACAAAACCGGAAAUGAUCUGCUGGUGGGCUACUGUAAAGACCUGGCGGAUCUGCUGGCAAAAGAGAUCGGCUUUACAUAUGAGAUGCGACUGGUGAAGGACAAACGCUACGGAGCAGUCAACACUUCGGUGGAGGGCAACUGGGACGGCAUCAUCGGCGAGCUGGUCAGACGGGAGGCCGACAUGGCGAUCGCACCCCUCUCUAUCAGCCUUCGAAGAGAGCAGGCGGUCUUCUUCACCAAGCCCUUUAUGACGCUGGGAAUCUCCAUCAUGAUCAAGAAACCAAUAAGGAAAAAUCCAGGCUUCUUCUCGUUCCUGAACCCGUUCAGCCGCGAGAUCUGGCUGUGCGUCGUGUUUGCCUACUUCGGCGUCUCGAUCGUGCUGUUCCUGGUGUCGCGUUUCUCGCCGUACGAGUGGCGGCUGGAGGAGACCGUGCUGGGCACGGCCGUCACCAACGAGUUCACCAUCUACAACAGCCUGUGGUUCGUGCUCGGCUCGCUGCUGAAACAGGGCAGCGACAUCAGUCCACGCUCGAUCUCCGGCCGCCUGGUGGGCGCGUGCUGGUGGUUCUUCUGCCUGAUCCUGGUCUCCUCGUACACGGCCAACCUGGCCGCCUUCCUCACCGUCGAGAGGCUCGUCACUCCGAUUAACUCGGUGGAGGAGCUGGCCUCUCAGAGUGACGUCGAGUACGGCACAAUGCGAGCCGGCGCCACCACCGACUUCUUCAAGAACUCCAAGCUGGGCGUGUAUCAGCGGAUGUGGGACUUCAUGUCUUCCAACGAGCACGUGUUCGUCCAGACGUACCGUGAGGGCAUCGAGAGGGUGCGCAACUCCAAGGGCAAGUACGCUCUGCUGGUGGAGUCGACCACCAACGAGUACGUCAACGGCCGGCAGCCGUGUGACACGAUGAAGGUCGGCCAGAACCUCGACUCCAAGGGCUACGGCGUGGCCACGCCACUGGACUCUCCGUGGAGGGAUGCCAUCAACAUCGCCGUGUUGCGGCUAAUUGACUACGGAGAGCUGGCCAAGCUAGAGAACAAGUGGUGGUCGACCAACUCCGAGUGCAAGGAGGUUGAGGAGUCGAAGGCCAGCGAGAUGCUGCUCAGCAACGUGGCCGGCAUCUUCUACAUCCUGAUUGCGGGCCUGGUGCUGGCCAUGGCUGUGGCGCUCACGGAGUUCUGCUGCAAGUCCAAGACGGAGGCCAAGCGUGCCAAGACGACUCACAUGGAUGCCAUGAAAGCUCGAGCCCGCAUGACCAUAUCCGGAACAGCUGACGUCGACGGCAGUAAGGAGGCGGCGCCAGUGGACUCGGCCGCCUCCGGUGAGGCGAGCGUCGACUCUCGCCAGGCCUACACUCCGCCAGAGGAGUUCCGCGACCGAUUCGACGACGAGACGGGAGAGUUCAUCGGUCUGCGGCGGCUGGGGAGGUAGCAGAGCGGCGGCGGUCGACACAGACACCCUCCAGCACGCAGCGCGCUGCCGAGGGAAGCAUUGUGGAAGUGGACUCCCCUGCGGGAAAAUGGACUCGUCCGGAAUGGCAGCGACCCGCCUCGCGACUUCCUUAGCCGGAAGUUCCGAGGCCGUGUGACAAAGUGACGCGCGUGACGACUCGUUCAUCGAGUUGGUCGCCAUGAGACGACCUCCCCCUCCAUUAGGGCGUAGGCUUGUCCUGAUUGACAGCCUGACCCGAACUGGGUCAAGGACAAGGAGAUGGCUCAGCCAAUGGAGUGUGAGAUGUGGUGACUACCCGUGCGUGGACAGUGAGUGAUUGCGGACUUUGUGUCGGCUGAGGACAGUGCUACAACGCAAUUUCUGUCGGACGUUAACGGUCACGCAUAUGUUAACCCUAUUCCUGGCGGGGGGGGCCUCAGGAGCCCCCCCCCCUGA